UCUAGAACCAAUAACGGUCGUUCCCCUCCGGACUCAUCUUCAAGGUGCACCGCAUCACAAACGGCUGAUUGUUUCUCAAUCUUGUGAAAUAAUCGUUAAAUGUUUCCGUGUCGUGUUUCCGCUUCUCUUCCGUCCACGGUCACUUCUCACCGGACUCUGACGGAGACGCGGUGCCGGUAAAACCCAGACGAGAGCGGGAGAUGUUCGGACCCGGAGCGGCGGCGGUGUGACCCGCUACAUGCUACGUGUCCGGUGACGGAGCGAAGACCCCGACACACCAAUAUGGACGCUCACAGACACGACCAGGGUUCCACCGCUUUGCUCUAGAUUCACCCGAGCUCAUGUUCACAGGCUGCGGGGACGAACCGCUUCGUUAGCCGGCACUUAGCACCGGGCUCGGUCCGGACCAUGGAGCCGUGAGGACCGCUGGAAGUGACCGGAGAGGGACCCCCGAGCCCCGCGGAGCUGCUGUCGGUGUGUCGGUGUUCGAGGCACCGGGAGAAAACAUGAUGUAUUCAUCGAGAAGAAAACCGGUGCUGUACUUCAAAGAGGAGAGGAGGUUCCUGUCGGGCAGAUGCACCAUCUACAAGCUGUUCGGCCUCUGCAUGGUGCUGCUGCUGGUGUCUCUGCUGUGGCUGCAGCUCAGCUGUUCAGGGGACAUGUCGUCUCCGAUGCACGACGGCAGACGCCAACAGCCGCCACCGGCGCCCUGUCCCAUUGACAGUCGGGCAUCCGCAGCGGACGACCUCUCCUGGGGUCCUCACAAACUGGCCCUGAUCAUCCCCUUCAGAGAGCGCUUCGAGGAGCUGCUGGUGUUCGUUCCCUUCAUGCACACGUUCCUCAACAAGAAGAAGAUCCGCCACAAGUUCAUCAUCAUCAACCAGGUGGAUCACUACAGGUUUAAUCGAGCGUCCCUCAUCAACGUCGGCUACCUGGAGAGCGGGAACGACACAGACUACCUGGCGAUGCACGACGUGGACCUGCUGCCGCAGAACGACGCUCUGGACUACGGUUUCCCUGAGGGCGGCCCCUUCCACGUGGCCUCACCCGAGCUGCACCCCCUCUACCACUACAAGACGUACGUGGGAGGAAUCCUGCUGCUCACCAAGAAGCAUUACCACAUGUGUAACGGGAUGUCAAACCGCUUCUGGGGUUGGGGCAGAGAAGAUGACGAGUUCUACAGGAGACUGAAAAAAGCUGAACUACAGCUGUUCAGACCGAGCGGAAUCACGACAGGAUAUAAAACCUUCCUCCACAUCCACGACCCGGCCUGGAGGAAGAGAGACCAGAAGAGAGUGGCAGCUCAGAAACAGGAGCAGUUUAAGGUGGACCCAGAGGGGGGGCUGACUAACCUGCGUUACCAGGUGGAGUCCAGACAGGAGCUGACCAUCAGCGGGGCUCCGUGCACCGUCAUCAACACCAAACUGGAGUGUGACCAGAACCAGACGCCCUGGUGUCUGCUGCUGUAGACCACGGACGUGGGUUCAGUUCCCGACGCUCCCCUGGAAACCUUUCAGGGUUUUAACGAGACGCCGAUUCUUCAGGGAAACGCUCGUGCUUCUAGUUUUUUUGCGAAGGGAUUUCAUUUGUCCUGAUGAUCAGCAGCUGGAUUGAAACCAUCGUCUUCAGUGAAACCAAACAUGGCUGCAAAUACUUGUGUGACAAUAACAGACAUAUUGAACAUUGAUUCAUUUCAACAUUGAACUGAAACAACAGCAGUUGAAGUUCAAUGAUCUGAGGAUUAAACAAACCAGCCGCUAACUUCUCUUUUAAUCCGUCUGGUUCGGACAUGACGGAUUAAAACGACCAUGAACACAAACUCUUCCUGGCGUCUGACCUCAAACCUCAGCGGACGGACACCGACUGUUACAUCGUGGCUCAUCUGAAUCAAACUGGACGAUCACGACCGAAACGCAGCUUGUUGUUUUCUUUUGGUACGAGAACUUCAAAUCUAUUUUUUUACUGUGGGCUUGUGCAAACAGCAGUUUGAGAAGAUGGAGGAACAACCUCCAGCGACGCCCGUUUCACCAGAUGUUUCACCACGUCUGGACAACGUGCGUGUUUCUGUAACAUCACAGGGUUUCUCUAAGGUUUUAAAUCAGGAAAUGGUUGAAAAUAAUAUUGAAGAUUCAUCAAACUCAAGCGUUUGGCAAAGUUCUGAUUACGAACCUCGAAAGUAUUUUAUGUUGAAACUCGUUUUUAUUCUUUUCGGAGAAAGUGUUUGUAUUUACUUUUCACAGAACGUUUUUAAACUCAGAGGAUUCACCAAAGGAAAAAAAGAAAUCAGGAUUUCUGUGUUUCAUAAUCAAAACUUAAUGAACGAUUUCACUUUCCAUAAUUACAAGAACUGAUGAGGUAUGAUGUCACAACUACGAGAAAGUAGUUUCUUUUCUUUGAGUUUCUUCAAAGUUAACUGAGCCGAACUCUGGUGACGCCCACACUGACACGUUUUGGUUUUUAAACUCAUCACUGUUGCCAUGGUUACGCCUGUUGCCCACACUACUCUGGAGUUUUCGAGACUCGUUUAAACGCUGCUGGUCUCGUUUGAGUCUGAAAACUCUGAGGUUGUGUUUUAGUCUGAAGGGACAGAAGCGAUGACGCUCACGUUCUCUUCCUGGUGUUUCCAGGUGUCGGUGUGGGCGGAGCCAAACCAGUAUGAAUGAAUGGUAGCAGAUGAUGCUUCACCAGUGUUUUUAACACCAGCCUCAAUGAUUUAGAUUAUUCUCAUCACAGUUUAAUAAAAUAAAGUCUGAGUCUGUUUUUAAAACACAAAAGGAAAGAAAAUGAUCUCAGAAUCACUGAACUGGUUUAUUGAGAUAAAACUCGGAGCGUGUUUUCAGUUUGAAUCUCUUCGGUCUGGUUUUUAGUUUAGUUUUUGUUCGGCUGCUGACACUGUCUUCUUCCCUGCUGUUGUCAUGUGCUGGUCGGCCUCCAGGGUGCGCCAUGGAGUUUUAAAGGCAAUGUGUUUAGAGGCGUUCAUUUACAGACCAUGAUGUCAUGUGAUUUAGUUUUACACCGAUGAUGGUGCCAUUUAUUUGUACAGUAUUCAGUAUUUAUAUACAAGGAAAAAAGAA